UCCAUUGGAGGUGGGCCGGAGCCAGAAUCGAUCGAACCUGACUGGACUGCCAGAGGGACUGAUGUUUUGACAUCAUGGACAACUUCAUCAUAACAGCCUUUCUAUUCUUCCUGUGCCUUGCCCCAAGUCUCCAGCAGACUCCGAGAUGUCUUCUCAGUAGGGAGGACUACCUGAUCUGCAAAUAUCAGAACAAUGCUCUGAUGAGAGCUGACACAAAUCAGUACAGUGUCCACCACACCCGACUGAGGCAGAGUUCGUCGGGCUACCUGGAGUGCAACGUGAGGGCCAGAGAGCAGGACAUCAGGACCAUCUCCAAUCUGGGCACCGACGAGUUGAGGAUCCUCUACUCUCCUGGUUUCAUCCUCGGAGUACCGUAUGACAAUCAGCUGCGAACAGAGUACAGGGUCCGGUGUUCGGAGGGAGAGCUGGCAUUCUUCAAUGUGACUCACCUCAACCUCCAGGGAGUGGAGGACUGCCGGGACACUGGCGGGAACUUCAGGUGCCAGGACUAUUUGCAGAUAGUCCGCGGAGAGUUUGGUACGACAGACAACUGUGGGACCACUCCCAGUAUGGACGCGGUCAUAGAGCUGGAGUUUGGUGACUACACCACUGUGUUCAGGACCAGUGAGGAGAUCCAAGGAGAAGGCUUCCAAAUGUACACCAUCUGCUUCCAGCCCCUUGAGAGGAACCUGGAGGGUUGCUUCAAUACCUCUGAGUUUUUUACCGGUGUGUGUGAUGUCAGUGCUCCCACGCCCACCACUACGGCACUACCCAGUGUCCCAUCCACCCUCUCUCCUGUCAGUACUCCUACACCCCAACCUAUGACAAAGAGAUCAGCAGAGGAAGAUGAGGGUGUGGCCACGAGGUAUGCAGAUCUCUUCCCUGGAUACCCGGAGCAUCUCGUUAUGCCCAGAGACCUCGCUGAUUUCCACCACCAGUGGAACAGGGUCAGAAGGCAGGGGAGAGGGAAGUUGAGUUCACUGAACAUCCUCUUCAACCAAACGGUCGUCUAUACUGACAACACAAUCCUCAUCUUUAGCCCCGAAAGCAACAGAAGGCCCUUGAGAGAGUUUAAAGGUGUUCUAGUUCUUCAGACAUUUGACCCAAUGGGCAGGAUUAACAACUAUAAAGGAGAGUUCAUUGGAAACUUUACUACAGCAGGUCCCAUGAAUAUCCUUGGACGACACGCUUACUACCAGUUGUUUGUCAUUGACCCACGGGGACUUCUUCCAAACGAGGAAGAGCAGCAGGAACUAGUGGCAAUGACGACAACUCUCCUUGAUUCAGUCCCAGAGUCAGACGAUCGGAAUCCCUUUGAUCCCGACCAAGAGCCAGGUGAUCUGAAUGGAAUCCCGGGUAUCAGAAACAGGAGGCAGAGCACAGAACUGACUGACAUGGAUGUAGAAUCGGUGCUGGCAGCUCUGAGAAGUGAACAGGCCUGUAAUCCUGUCCUUCGGGCACAGUCAAGAGCCACUCUCACCUACUAUAACAGCAUUGACGAAGACUUUGUGAAUCAACUGAGGGUGUUCAAUAUCACGUGUACUCUGACCCCAGACAACACAAUGCUUUCCUGUAGCCGUCAGAGUGCCACACUACCUGGGAGAACCAUGUGCAGAAUUGAUGACCUCGGCCAGUUUGGUUGUGAGCCGUUUGGUGGUCCUAUUGGACUUUCACCUCCUCCAAACUCAACUGUGACUGUUAGUGCCAUCAACUGUCUUGGACAGCGAGCAAUGGAGGUCUUGAAUGUGACUUAAUCAGCAUGAUUUUAUACCCGAACUCAUAUAUAAACACUCAUACCAGAUCAUGAUAAUGAUGUAUUAGUUAUAAUGUUAGUGUAGUAUGAUGUUGUGCUAUUUUUAUUCUUGACUAGCGGUGUUUUUAUGAUUUAAAGUGACUGUUAUUAUCACGUUUUCUGACA